GUGAAUAUGUAACGCAUUCGAUCGCUAUGUUCACCAUAGCAUUGCCAAUGUAGCCUCCUUAUUGCCAACGACUUCUAGAACCGCAGCGCUGCGGAUCCCUCCAGUCCUCACCAUGCUCCCCAGCUCCCCAGCGCCCCUCCCACGUACCCUUCAGGCCUCGCCCCCAAGCACCGAUGAUGGAGAUACGCGUCUGACCCCGUCGUCGGACUCGGAAGGAGAAGAUGAGGAGGCAACGCUGGGACAGGACCAUGCCGGACAAAGCUAUCGGAUGAAGAACAUGUCAUCGCGGAGCUUUGGCAAGGGCGACAGCGGAGAGACACCAAGUCAGGAACAUGUUAUAGAUGGCGAAGACGAGGAUAGGAGUCUGUUGCGAGAGUCUCGGCGGCUGUCCCAAGGGUCGUCAGUCGAGAGCUACGAGCUUUAUACUCCAGAUGAAGAUAAAGCGGUAUUGAGGAGCUUGGACAGAAAACUAGUUCUAUUCAUGGCGCUGUUAUAUCUAUUAAGCUUUUUGGACAGGUCCAAUAUCGGAAACGCUCGAAUAGCUGGGCUUGAGAGAGACCUGACUUUAUCGUCUUCCCAAUAUGAAUGGCUUCUUACUGCCUUCUAUAUCACAUAUAUCGUCUUUGAAUGGAUGACGUUACUGUACCGAAUAGUGCCUCCUCACAUCUACAUCUCACUUUGCGUAUUAUCUUGGGGCAUAAUAGCAUCGCUCCAAUCAACUUCGACUUCUUUUGGCGACUUGCUGUUCCUUCGAGCGCUUCUCGGUGUUAGCGAAGCUGCGUUCGGACCUGGCGUCCCUUUUUAUCUAUCGUUCUUCUUCCGACGCGACGAGCUUGCACUUAGAACUGGCUUAUUCAUCUCUGCAGCUCCCCUCGCGACCUCCUUUGCCAGCAGCCUUGCUUGGUUCAUUACGAAGCUGGGGGAACAUGGGCCUUUGGCACCCUGGCGGCUUCUAUUCCUCGUCGAAGGCUUCCCAAGUGUUGUCGUAGCCGCUUGGGCUUGGGAGCUUAUCCCUGAUAGUCCAGGUACAGCUUCAUUUCUCACUCCACGACUAAGAGAUGUUGCGAUACUGCGGCUCAGAGAGGAGAAGGAGGCAAGCGAUGGAAUCGAUAUCGACGUUGGCCACGAGAAGCGUGAAUAUCCAAGAGAGAAGAAAGGCAGACUUAUUUUCACAGAAGUACUGCAAACUUUGAGAGAUCCCAAAUGCUACUUGACUGCUUUGAUGUUUUUUAGCUGUAAUGUAGCGUUCAGCUCUCUGCCCGUUUUUCUACCAACUAUAAUCAGAGACAUGGGCCAUACCUCACUAAAAGCCCAAGCCCUUUCCGCACCUCCCUACCUCUUCUCUUUCGUUGUGGUUCUUCUGACGGCGUAUCUCUCUGACCGCUAUCAGACACGUAGCGCCUUCAUCAUGCUGCAUGCUCUCCUCGGCGCAUCAGGCUAUCUUCUGAUUGCCCUUGCUGGUUUCUUUCGUUGGGAUCACUUCUGGCGCUAUCUUGGAAUCUACCCCGCAGCCGCAGGUUUCUUCUCCGCCAUUACUAUCAUAAUCACCUGGACCAUCAACAACCAGGAGUCUGACUCAAAGAAGGGCACUGGUAUGGCAAUGUUGAAUAUCAUCGGGCAAUGCGGACCACUCGUCGGGACGAGGCUUUAUCCAGACACUGAUGCGCCCUUCUACGUUAGAGGCAUGAGUAUCUGCUCGAUCUUCAUGAUAGCGGUUGGGGGACUGGCAUUCUUGUUGCGGAUUGUACUCGCCAGAGCGAACAAGGGCGCAGCUGAUCCUCGGAGGCGGGAGAGGAGCGAAACGGAUGCUGGGAUACCUCUUGUUGGUGACAGUCCAGCCAAGUUUGAAAAAGGGCGGUUUGUAUUCAUGCUAUAGAAUAUCAAGAUAAGAUUUGCCCGUCUCAUUCUUCCGAAGAACGAAUCGACACAUGUUUUAGAGUUCCCAAAUGCCUAGGUCAUGUUGGCAUCCACUAUGCGGGCUGCCAACUGGCAUCUUCGGUGUCUAAUUAGGUCGUACAGACGAUUCAAGCCAUCUUACAUUUAUACAAUAUUGUGCUAGCGGCCUGUUUCAAUAUGAAAUAGAAGUCUGAGUCGUAUCAGAAAUGCUACGGCGAUCUC